AUGUACAAUCUGGUAAAUGAGGGCGCAGAUUCUAUAACAGGCCAAUCCGUGGUUAGAAGACAGGCAUUCAAAUUUGGAGAUGGAUUGGGAGAACAAAGGAGGACUGGCUUGGAUAAUGACUUGAUUCAGAUCAAUGUUCAUCGGAUCGAACAUGGGAAUCGAAUUCGAGACCUACAGCAAGGCCUUGGGCUUGUCGAUAUCAACGGUACCAAUGCUGAUGGAUUGCGCUUGACAAUCAGUAGCCUUCUCGAGCCAGGCUUGCACGCGAGACGAUUCAAGUACCAACUUCUCGAUCCUGUUGAUCCGCCUUACGCGGCAUUUCGAUUUUUCUAUCGUCCAUACAAAUUCCUUGAAGACCAAAGAAUCGUGCGCCUACGAGAGCCCAUUUCGCCUUGCAGCUCAGUAUCUUCGAUCGUCUCACAAAGUUCAUUCAAUGAGUCAACUCAUGUUCCGGUAGAAGAAAGACCAGAAGGUAUCAAGGAAAUAGAGAAUCCACUGCCAAACUCUCCCAAGCGAGAGGAAGGAUCUCUGUCCCCCGACACAGCUCGAGGCGCGGAGUCUUCAAGAGAAGGGCGGGUGACGAACGCGAUCAAGGCAUCCGACAGCUUUACGCAUAUGCCAUCAAGUGAUUCAGACGACUCUCUUAGUGCUAGGAUCAAAGACAGCGUUGAAGACUUGCGAUCCGCUGUUCCCCGAUCUCCCAAGUCUUCCCAUUCCCUGAAAGACUCAACGGAGGGAGGUUGCAAAAUUGACAUAGAGGACACACUAUCGCCAACUCCGUCAUCAAAAUCUGCUCGCCAACAUCUCAAGAAGAAGCUUACUGUCGACACCCAUGGGGUCGAUUUUGAUCUUGGAAGGAAGAAACGGCCAUUGAGCUCAUUCAACAGCGCAGGAGUAUUUAGGAAAGCGAUGAUACCUCAGACAGCGCCAGCAGCAGUGACUGAAUUUGGGCCUACGAUGGAGAACAAGGUUGCUUUGCGUACAACGAGUGCGGAGCGUGAUUGGAAGAAGCCGACGGGGUUUCUUGGGAGAAGAAUUGCAAGCAAAAAGACUGCCUGA